GUAAAUAAACGUGUAAAGGAUAAAAUCGGAUUCACACACGUGUGAUAUUAGAUAACACACGAUUCAGGUGUUCAGCUUUAUUAAUAAAGACACAGAGUCAUUAAUAAAGACAUUACACUUGAGUGUGAUUGUUUCCCCGUGGUUUACUGUAUAAACAGAGUGAGCUAUAAACACUGCUGAGUCCAACAUGGCCGCCAUCAGCGCCCCACGUCUGAUCUGUCGGGGGAUUAUAAAGGAGCUUCGGUAUCUAAAAGGGCCUGAAUAUAAAGACACGAUCAUGUACAGUUAUGUGCUGGAACAGUUCCGGAACAAUCAGGUGACCAGCGAGCGUCACUGCCGUGCUCAGAGGGAGGCCGUCCACAUGUCCCACACAUACCUGUGUCUGUUAGAGUCAACACGCCGUCACCUGGACCUGCAUAAUCUGUACCACGGGAAAGGAGAACGGCCAAUAGAUGAAGCUGCCGGCCUCGUAGGAUUACGCCUACCCACACAGCCCGGGGGUAAAGGCUGGGAGAAGUGAGGGACUGGGUGCAGGUGGAGGUGUCAACCAGAGACUUUCUCAAAAUAUGCAGUGUGUUCAUUCUCAUUGUGUGUCGAUUUGUAAACGCUGUAUUGUCUUCAAAUAAAUAAAGUUUAUUCGGA